AUGAAGUUACCCAAGUAUCUCAAUGUCCCAGCCUCCUAUGACCAAAAACAGAUUUUCAAGCCAGAAAGAGGAGUCAGGCCCCUUCCUGAAUGGGCCAGGAAAAUAUUGCUUGCUAGUGCUCCUGCUGCUCCUGUAACUGGAGGAGCAGAAACGGGCAGAGACAAUGUGGUUGAAAUUUUGUGCCAUGUGGAUAAAAUGUAUGUAAGAAUCAGGAAAGGGGUCUUUAAAUCUAGAGAUGCAUACAAAUAUUUGAAACUAGGUACAUGCCCCGUUAACCAAGAAAAUGAGCACUAUUACUACCUACUCUACUCUUUUGUAACUGGCUGUGGAUUCAAGAAAGAGAGUCAUGCAGAUUACUUGUCCAUCAGCAAUGUUCUCCGCUUCAGACCAACCACUCCAGUUUUAAGGGAAAUGCCAUUUGAAAUUCCUCUGCAGUGUCGGUUUCCCAGGUUCUUUCACUCAUACAAAGUUGGCUUCCACCCCAAACUGCGAGGAGGAACAGUUUUCAGAGCACUGAAACCAAAAAGAAUUUUCAGCCUCACCCUCGUAGAUGCGUCUGGAAAUAAUGUCACUGGGACCAAAAGCUACACCUUGGGAGAGUCAAUGUACUUUGAGGCCAGUGUACUUUACCACACAGCAAGCUCUAGAAAUAAAAGGCUCUACAUCAACAAGUGCUUCAUGACCCCUUCCAGCAACCCGGGCUCAAAUACUAAAUAUACAGUCGUUGACAACCAUGGCUGUAUGAUUGAUGGCAAGGUGAUGCUACAGUCAAAGUUCCUUACUGGUAGCUCGAAGAUGGUACAGAGAUUGACUGUGGGAGCUGUCAUCUUCAAGGACCCUGCUUCCAUGAUCUCAUCACAGGUACCCUCAAUAGGUUGUAUAGAAAUGGACGCCAUGAAAUGCAUUAUGCUUGUAACUAUGAUCCAGUUACUGGAAGGUGAGUUGGCUAAACUGAAAUUCUACAAGGUGUUACGUUUGUGCUUGCUGUCAUCAAAUUUUUUUUUAACCCCCGCUUUGUGUUUUAGCUGGAAAGAGCUCUACGGGUAUGACACUGUGUGCGCUUGUUGUGAAUCAACUUGCUCAUCACCACAGCAAAGGGCUUCUAGGAAGAUAAUCUCAAGUCACUCUUGGAUGGUUGACUUGACCAGUGAAGAUGAACAUGUAAAGUCUGAGCCCAAGAUGAAGUCCCGUGAUGCUGGCAUGUUCAACUUGGAUGACCCAGAUACAGAAAAACACAUAAGGACUUCCUAAACA